AUGGAGGGGCGUACAAAUGAUACAUUGAAUCAGAUUCCAGCUGAAACUCCCGAACGCGGAACCAUCGAAUCUGAAAGAAAGUUGAUACGGAAUAUACCCAACAAAGAGUACAAGUUUAAACUGCUUGAGCAGUUGGUCAAUGAGAUGCGUUUCCAGAUGGAACCGGAAACCGUUUUCAAAAAGCAGGAGUUUGCGGUUGAUAAGGAUUACCCCGGCGUAUCCGACGAGGAGUCCGCCUAUAUGACGCCCAUGCAGCACGUGUAUCGCCGCCUGCAGUCGUUAUUCUAUCGUCUGGAGGAGAUGUUCGUCGGCAGCGAUCUCAACUUGGCCAACAUGGCCAUCGACGUGGUGUUCAACGGAAUCAACCGCUUGCACAAGCGCCGUCUUGAGAUAUUCGCCAAUUCGCAGAAUAAAUAA